UGAUUUUGAACAUGUGAAAGCUCAAUUUCUAGUGUUUAUUGUCCAGUUUUAAAAAAGUAUUGUUUUGGAAUCGAUUUAGCCGGCGAGGGCCGAGUUGUGGCAGUGAACAGUAGCGCGAGGUAUCAUUCGUCCAAGGCUCUUCGGAACACUGAACUACAUCCCUCGAAACUGCUUGUCAUCCGGCUCGGUUCUCCUUCGCCGCUCGCAUAAGAAAUGGGUCUCAUCAGGGAGAUUAAGGACGAUGCGAAUUUCCAGGAGGAGCUCACCGCUUCUGCCACAAAAUUGGUCGUUGUGGAUUUUACAGCGACAUGGUGUGGUCCUUGCCAGCGAAUAGCCCCCUUCUAUGAACAGUUGUCGCAGAAGUAUCCCCAUGCUACUUUUCUGAAGGUUGAUGUUGACAAGUGCCAGGAUACAGCAGCGAUCCAAAACGUCUCUGUCAUGCCGACAUUUUAUUUUUUCCGGAACAAGGUGAAAAUCGACAGCAUGCAAGGUGCUGAUCGUAACAAGCUCGAGGAAAAAAUAAAGCAAUACUAUGAUGCGACUGCUGGUGGUGAAGAAGACGUAGGUGUUGCUGGACAUUCUCAAAAAAGACAAAGAGAAGCUAAUAGGAAAAUUAUAUCCAGUACAACAUAUGACGAUCAUCCAGGUAGGACUUGUGGUAGAAAAGAUAGUGUAAGAUUUCCUACCAGGGAUAAUAUGAAUAAUGACAAUAGCCGGAUAAAUAAACAGAAUGUAAAUAAUAGUCUACAAUCUCCUCAGAAAGAUGCCUUCAAGAAAAGCGAAAUGUACAUGAAACAUGAAACAUUUUCCGAAAGGAACCAAACACAGAGAUCACCCGUACAAAGCAUACCAAUGGUGUCGACAUCUCCGCCAAGGCCUAAAAUAACGACCGUAUCUGAGAUUCCUGCUUCGUCUUUAAAAUCUAAUAUUUCUAGGGUGCCAAAUGUAGAAGAAACGCGUUCACAAAAUUCCCCAACGGAAGCGUACACGAGGUGUGGUAAAGUUAAAUUGCCCUCCACUUUGCCUCCAGGGAACAAAACAAUUAUUGUGAAGACGUGUUCAAGAACGAAGCUAAAAGAACACAAUGAAUUAACUGUCAACUAUAGCAUAAGUGAGCAAAUAAAAAAACAACCAUUUCAAAACGCUGAUAAAGAGAAACUAUGGCAAAUUGAAGAUAAAGGUCUAAACUCAGCAGGAAGCAUGAUGAAAGAAGGUUCAAAGUCGAAAUCGAUAGACACAGGAAAACUACAGUUAAAGGAUGAACGCGACAAAGAAGAAAAUACUAGUAAAUUUUCUAUCUCUUCAAAAGUAUCGACUGCUUCUAAGCAAACAAUGUCUCCAAAAUUAUCUCUAUCCAGUAUUAAGUCAAAAUCUCUCACUAAAGAAGAGCAGCAUUCUUCUUUUAUGAAAUCACCUGUUGCUGAAAAGACGCCAGACAAAGAGCCAUCCUCUCAUUCUCAAAGCAUCAGAAGUAUAAUGGAAAUAUAAUUUUUCAGAGCUAUCCUUGUCUAUAAAUAACGCACACUUUUAGAUUACAGUAAGUUCAAGAAGUGUUCAAACAAAUGACUCUUCUGAGGAUUCUUCUAGUUCAGAGGGAAGUAGUGCAUGUUCUAAUGAUACUUCAACAACCACUGAA